AUGUCUCGUCUUCUCACCCUCGCUGCCGGCCUGGCGCUGGCGGCUGCUCAGCUCUCCUCCACCUCGCUCGAGAACCACGUCGACGCCCUGACUCUGGGUAGCUCUUUCAACCCCGUCCAGGAGGCUUACUGGACCGGUUUCCCUCACCACCGCCGAACUCCCUUCGCCGUCUCUCCCGAUGGCAAGACCGCUUACCUGGCCUACCUCGAUGCCAGUGGUACCGGUGUUCACGUCCAGGGUGUUGACCCCAAGACCUUUGCCGCUGUUGGCACUCCCGUCACCAUCAAGGCUGGUGAGGAGGCCGGUGGUCUUGUUGCCCACAAUGACGGCUUUGCCAUCCUGACCAACGAGGUCGUCUCUGGAGAGUCCAAGGACCCCCUCCCUGUCCUUUACAAGUACACCAACGGCAAGCAGACCUUCCGCACCCUCCUCGGUGGCUCCGGUCUUGGCGGAGACUCUCUUGCAUCUCCCGAUAUCAACGGUGACCUCGUCUUCUCCGAGAAGGCCGGCUACUACGCCGCCUACAUCGUCGUCACCUCCUACUCUGGCUCCGCCUCGGGCCACUUUGGUGAUGCCAUCCGGUACAUCACCACCGACGGUAAGAUUGAGGAGAUUGCCGGUGCUUCCUCCUCUUGGGGCUGCUCCCACAACACCGGUAUUGCCUUUGAGGAGGCCGACGAGCCCCCCUUCGCCUCCCUCUGCGCUGAGGACCAGGGUGCCAUCUGGCUCAACACUGAGACCCAGGGCAUGGGCAACAACGGUGUCAAGGUCUCCAACGAGAUGACCAUUAACGGUGGCAGCAACGAACCCAUGGGUGGAAUGGGUGGCUCCUACAGCUCCCUCGCUCGCUUCAUUGGCUCCGACUCUUACAUCUUCUCCUGGGUUUCCCGUGGUGCUAUUGACCUGACCCUCAACGACUGGAUGGGCCAGGGCUACACCAAGGCCCAGAACCGCACCAACAACCGCAACGUCGCCAUCGCCCUCUUCUCGGACAAGAAGACCCUCGUCGGCGAGCAGGCUACUUCCGAAGUCGGUGCUGCCGACGGUGACAGCCAGGUCAACUGGGUCACCGAGGGUGCCAACGAUUGCUCCAACGCUCACGCCGCUGCUUUCGAUGCUUCCAACGCCCUUGUCACCUGGGAGGAGAUCUCCAACCCCGUCUGCCCCUUCGAGGCCAUGGGCUGCAAGGGCAAGUUCGCCGGCACCAAGUUCCAGCUCGUCGACUCCAAGGGCAAGAAGGUUGGCGAGCCCAUCUCUUCUGACGACACCUACGUUGCUGGUGAUAUGGUCACCAUGGCUGACGGCCGCAUCUGCUGGCCCUACGUCAACAUGGCCUGGUCUCUCGAUGGUCCUACCCAGGGCUCCGACGUCACCAAGAUCUCUUUCGCCUGCAUGUCCAACGGUGCCGGCUCUGGCUCUGGCUCUGGCUCUACUCCUGCUUCCAGCGCUGCUGCCUCUCAGCCCGCUGCCACCAAGUCUGCCGCUGCCAGCUCUGCCAAGCCCAGCGCUGUCCAGUCCACCCCGGCUGCUGUAGAGCCCACCUCUGUCCAGGCCGUUGAGGAGUCCACCCAGGAGUCUGCCACCGUCCCCGAGGGUGCUCCCCGCCCUUCUUUCGCCCCUGUUUCCCAGGAUGUCACCAACGUCCUGCCCGCGCCCACCAACGGUGCUGCCUCCUCCUCCGCUGCUGAGGAGCCCACCUCCGUCACCGUCGAGGAGCCUUCUUCCGUCGUGAUCAAGCCCUCUGACAUUGCUGUUGAGGAGCCCUCUUCUGUGGUGAUCAAGCCCUCUCAGCCUGCUGCCACCACUGCCCCUGACGCUGAGGCCCCUGUUGCUACUGAGUCAGCUGCCCCUGAGACUGGCGAUGAUGAGGACUGCGACGAGGAACCCUCCUCUGUGGUGAUCAAGCCCUCUCAGCCUGCUGCCACUGACGCCGAGGAGCCCGUUGCUACCGAGUCUGCUGCCCCUGAGACUGGUGAUGAUGAGGACUGCGAUGAGGAGCCCGUCUCUGAGGCUGCCGGAGCUACCACCGAGGCUGCCCAGGCUCCCUCUGCCACCCAGGUUCCCACUGGCACCCGCACCCGCAAGACCCGUCCUACCCGCCGCCCCCGCCCCUCCGGUUACCCCUGGGGCUCCGGCAACCAGGUCAAGAGUCAGUGCAUCCCCAAGACUGUUACUCGUACCGUCUACGUGACUGCUACCGCUGUUCCCACCCUGUAA